UUCUACUCUUUACUAUCCAUUCACUACACUGUAGUAGUAUACCUUUACAGACAUUUUCAACCCGAUUUAUUACCGACCGACGAUUAAUAAUAAAUGCAUGUGUAUGUCUCUCUCCGUGCUCAGUAUACGGCUCGGAUCGUAAAGUCGCUCUGCGAUGAUUUGAUGUGGCACAAAACAUUUUAAUAUUAUUACGAAGUAUUUUUAUACAGUUUUUUUUUGCAUGCGAAAAAAUAACCAUUCUCAGUUAAUAAUCAGACAUCACAUGUUUCGCGCGCGCUCACAUCAUUCACGACACUCUCUGCCAAAUGAAUAAUAAAAAUAAUAAUAAAAUAAUCACAUCAAGAAACAAAUUAGUAUUCACAUGAAAAAAUUGCAAAUAAUAAAGAAGCAAAUGUGUUUGUGUUUGUUAAAUAAAUCGUCGGAUUAGAAGAAUUUUUAUCAUCUGCGUAAUAUAGAAGUUUUGUAAUGUGACCUCGUCCUAUUGUUCCAAACAACAACAACAAAUGUCUUACUCAGGCGUCAUCGUCGUCAUGACUCGCAGAUUGAACCAAAAAACAUAGACAAAUAAAGAGGGAAAAAAAAUGCGAGAGAACAGUGCAGACAGAAUCAGUCCCGAAACGUGGGCCGAAUGGAUACUCGAUGCCAUCCGAAAGAUUCGUUUCCAGAAGCAACGUCCCAGCGUACAGAGAAUUUGCCAGGCCAUCGGGAGUCAUCACAAAUUCCACGAAAAUAUUGUGGCAGAAAAGUUGGAGCGUGCCGUCGAAACGGGUGCCGUGCUAAAGGUCUACAACAAAGGAUUGCAUUCGUACAAAGCGCCAAACACAAUGCGACGUCGCUCGACGCACGUCAAUCAAACGACAGAUCUGACGCAUCUCGUGACGAAAGCGGUACGCGAACUCGGCGAAUACGAUGGCUCCAGUGUGAAAAGUAUCGAAAAUUACGUGCAACAAUCCAACAACUUGCAAAUUGCCGAGGGCACAGACAUCAAAGCCGUGAUAAAGACGUCGUUGCAACUGGCAAUUCAGCAGGGACUGCUCGUGAUGGACGGCAAGCUGUACAAAAUGGGCGAGAAAACGCUGACGCCGAAGAAACGCGUGUCGGGAUCGCCGCGACGCAAACGAAAGUCUACGUCAGAAGCGACGACAUCCAACGAAUUUAUUCCAAAGGCUGAUCCGAAUGCCGUGUGCGCCGAGUGUCUCGGAAAUUCACUGAAAAACCCCAAGGGACUUCCGGAGCCGCUAAGUUCGUGCUUCGAUUGUGGCAAAUCUGUGCAUACGUCGUGUGCAAAUACCGCAAGCAAGACCUCAUCGCACAUUCAGCUGAUAAAUUUAGUGGCAAACGGCACUAAAUGGUAUUGUGACGACUGUAAAUCCUGUGAUGGCUGUAGCAAGAAGCAAGCGGGCUUCUGUUUGAUGGAUUGUUGUGGCUGUCAUAAGAAUUUUCACUUAACGUGCUUAGAUCCCGUGCCUGAAAAGAAAGUCAAGUGUCCCUGGAGGUGUCGCCAUUGUCUGCAAUUCCACGAUAAAAUUGAAAAGAAGCCACGAGGAAGGAAACCGAAGAAUCCAAUGUCUCCCGAAACGCCUGUAACAAAGUCAAAAAUGUCUGAUAAAUCAACAACGGAUAAGAGAAAAAGUCGAUUGUUAUCAGAGCCACCAAAUAGCCCAGCAUCGUACAAAUCAACGCCAGUGCCGAAAUCAACGUCGCGCAAGAGUCGUGUGCCGCCCAUGUCGCCGGAUUCCGAUUCGGAAGUGAACACGAGUGCCGAAAUGAUGUCCAACAACGUGCUCGGUAAACCACACAAUUCUAACUUUUUUGCCACAAUGUCCUCCUCUCCCUCCAUGUACAAUAGUUGUUCAAUGCUCGGACCAUCUGGCGUCCCCAUGAACGCUCAGUUUCCCUUUGUCGCGUCAAAUAAUUACAAAACAAGUAGCAAUAAUAGUCAUUACACUAAUUUUAACAAUCACGCGCAACAACUAUUGAGUCAUAAUCAACAGCAACAACUUCAGCUUCUACAUCAGCAACCGUUGCAUGUGUUAGUAGGGAAUUCUCCCAAGUCAGACCGAAUUAUGUCCAAGGAAAAGCAAAAGUUUUUCCGGCUAUCUGCAUUUAACAGCGAACGCGCGAUGAAAUCUCCCGGAAGUCUCGCGUCGCCCUCUUCCGUAGCGAGCAGCAAUAAUACUCGUCGUCCUCCGACACCAGCACGCCAGCUCAAUAAUGCGGAUGAAAUGGAACGCAACUACAAAAAAGUUCGGAACAAAGUGCUGCGAAAGAAACAACGGAAGGAAUCCACGAGCGGCACAAGCACAACGAGUUCGGAUAACGAUUACAGCAGUUCCGAGAGCUCCUCGUCGAGCGAUCAAACAAGUAGCUCCUCAGAUGACGACGACGAAGAUGAAGAAGAUGAUGACACGACAAGCAGUGAUUCGAGUAGUAGUGAUAAAAACGAGGGAAAAGGCCUUUUUGGGUCUCUUUUACCUCAAGCAAAGGGCUCUUCAUGGGCUCAAGGCAAUGGAUUUCGCUCCCCAUCAACUUUUGGACAGGGCUUUAACAGCCCCUUUGUUACUCCUUUCGGGUCUGGGACCAAAACGAACGACAAAGAAUGGGGCUUUGCUGCUGAAGCAAAGAAAAAAGUCGACAUUUUCGGACAUUCAAGUGAGAAAAUCUUCGGAAGCAGUGCUUCUGUGAACGAUAAUGUCGCCGUAAAACGCGAAAAAAAGAAACCAGGCCGAAAGAAAGUCGACAAAUCGAAAAAUAAUCAAAUCGAUCAACUUUUUGAUGGACUUUCGCAUCUCUAUGCGGCAAAAGAUAUCAAUCGACAGAAGAUCAAAGAGAAGAAAAGUCCGAAAAACAAACAAAAUGGUGCCGCAUCGUCAUCUGACACGUCAGUACAAAGUGCGCGACACGCAAAUCAUCACGAAAUGCCAUCACAGCAACAGCGACAAGUGUUGAAAGAGACACGUCGCACCUACCGCGACUACGAACAAAGUUUGCGGAUGAGUAAACCGCACUGUGAUACAACACAAACAUCACCCGCAGAACGUCACUACUCACGAUCAUUGUCGAACUUUGGCGAUAAAUUGCCCAAUUUUGCGAUUAUGUCGAGUGACGAUGACUUUUCGCAACUGUCGCCGAGCAAAAUGGUGAAACGAGCAAUUAUUAGCCAGAAAUACGAUCAAACGAAGAAUAUUUCGAUGCCGCCGCCAACUUCGACAUCAACUUCAACGGGUUUACUCGAAAUUGCAACGACAUCCAGUUUGGGCAAACAUAAAAAGCAAAGCAAUGCAACGCCCCAAAAUAGCAGAUCCGCUUCUGAUUUCGUGACACCGCCAUACAACAAUUCAAAGUUACUUGAACGACCAUCUUUGCCUGAAGGAGUGACAAAGGAAGAUGCCGAUUUGUACAAUGAAGUGCGAGAAAAGGCUGCAAAAGCUGUUGCUGAAGUUAUGAAUCCCGGCGGAAGUAUCAAUUUGGCAUUAUCGUCUCCAACAAAGCUGAGUCCCGGCUCGAUGGCGAUGGUUGUGCAAGAAAGAUGCCCUGCAGCUAUUGAAUUUGGCCAGUAUGAGAUUGAAACGUGGUAUUCAAGUCCUUUUCCUCAAGAGUAUGCAAGAUUACCAAAGUUGUAUUUGUGCGAAUUUUGUUUGAAAUACACGAAAAGCAAGGCUGUGUUAGAACGUCAUCAAGAUAAAUGUGCGUGGCGUCAUCCUCCGGGCACGGAAAUCUAUCGUUGCGGCGAAUUAUCCGUGUUUGAAGUUGACGGAAAUGCAAACAAGAUUUAUUGUCAGAAUUUGUGCCUGUUGGCAAAGUUGUUCCUCGAUCACAAGACGUUGUAUUACGAUGUCGAGCCGUUUUUGUUCUACGUUUUGACGUUAAAUGACCGCAAAGGCAACCAUCUUGUGGGAUAUUUCUCGAAAGAGAAGCUUUGUGCGCAAAAAUACAACGUUUCGUGCAUUAUGACGAUGCCGCAAUACCAACGACGAGGCUUUGGGCGCUUCCUAAUCGACUUUAGUUAUCUCUUGAGUCGCGAAGAAGGAGUUCCGGGUACGCCAGAAAAGCCUCUUUCUGAUUUGGGACGUGUUUCAUAUCAUGCCUAUUGGAAAUCUAUCGUCUUGGAGUUCUUGCAUCAUCACAAAAAUGAACCAAUUUGCGUGAAAACGAUUUCAAAAGAGUACGGAUUGACAUCUGCUGAUAUCGCAACUGCCUUGUAUCUCUUGGGAUUCGCAAAAUUCUACAAGAACAAUGAAGGACGUUUUGAAAUUCGUUACACUGUUGAUUGGAAAAAAGUCGAAAGCUAUUGGGAACGUGCCAGUAACUCAAAAACUCGCAUUAAGAUCGACCCAGAAUGCCUCAGAUGGACACCGUUACUCGUCAAUACGAUGCCCAUAAAAGCUGAUUCGUCAGAAUGUGAUAGUCCGAGUCCAUUGAAAGCAUCGCCGCCGAGCGUUGAAAAGAAGUCGAGUGAAGAAAAGCGUAAAAGUGGCGAUGAAACACCCAAAAAGUCGUCAAUUUCUGUUGUUGCUGCCCUACAAAGUAACAUUAAGGAGAUGGCAGGUGUGAAAAAACGCGGAAGAUCUUCGCUUAUUACGGCAUUUACGACGCCUCGACAACGCAAACACAGCGAAAAGAAGGAAGAUAAGACUCCUUUGACAUCGCCAGCACCUUUACCUGCGACACCAAUUGUUGCCGAAGUGAAUAUGGAGCCAACUUCAUCGGGCAGGAAACGUACGAGACCCAACAAGUACAACGAAGAGGCAUUUGUCGGCGGAAAAACGAAGAAAGAAGACGAACUCGAUGCAACAAAGAAACGAAAACGCUCCAUUGGCUCCGAAGAGAAGGAAGUUUACGUGGAAAAGAAGAAACGUCGAGCUCAGGCAACGGAAAAUGCAAAUCCCGUUGUUGAAGAAACUCCUCCGACGCCAUUACGAUCAAGUCGACGCAGUACAGUUGAUAAAGCAGUUGCCUCAAGUAUGGAAUCUGACACGUUAUCUGAGGCCAAUGACACUGUUGGUCGAUCAACGCGUCUCAGUAGUCGAAGUAUUGGAACUCCUCCGCGCGUUUCGCGUCACAGCGAACGUCAAUCUGGGCACAAACACAAAUCCAAACAGGUUGACAGCACCGAACUCGAACAUUCAGACGAUAAUCUACCGAAAUCGUCUCGCAAGAGCUCGAAGCAAAGUGAAACGCCAAAGAAAGAGGAUUGCUCGCCGUUGAAGAAACGAAGCAAGGGAGCGAUUGCAAGUCGAAUUUCAUCCAGAAUUGCUGCUCAAACACCAAGCGGCGGCGGAAGUAGUGACGAAUUGAGUUCAGGCCCUGCACCGAAGAAGCAAUUGACACUUCCGCAAUUGUUGAAGGCGAAAGAAGAAAAAUUGAAGCAAAAGAGUGAUUCGGUUGACGUUUCGAAGAAACACAAGACUCCAACGAAAGAUCCCGCCUCUGUUGAGAGAAGUGACUCGAUGGAUGUUCAUCUUGGGUCGAGUGAAAAGCGAAAAGUUUCUCAAACCCCCAAAAUUCGAAACAAACGAAGAUUGCCGCUGAGCGAACCAAGCAAUUCUGAAGACAGUUCUGCCGAAGCUGACGACGAAAUGGAAGAAGAAGGCAAAAUUAUCAAGCAAAAGAAGCAAUUGGCAGCUGAAAAAGCGAAACUCAAGGAAAAAGCGCUCAAGGAGAAAGAAAAGGCCUUGUCACAGACCAAACAAAAGGAAAAAGAAGACGUGACGCCAUCGAAACAGAUCAAGAAAGAAAUCGAAGAACCGAAAAAAUCCAAAUCUUCUGACAAAAAAGUCUCGUCUCCAAUGCGAAAACGCUUAAGUGAAGACGCAAAAUACCGUUCGAGUGACGACGAAGCUGCAAAAGCUCUCGAUCGUCGAGUUUCUGUCUCGUUACGCCGUGAAAGCUUCGAAAACUUGAAAAUGGCUCGUUUAGGAACUCCCGAGAAGAAAGAUAAGGAGGAAAAAGUUGAAAAGCACAAACAUCGUCGUGAUUCAAAGACUGAUUCUCCAUCGAAGAAAGACUCGGAGAAACAUUCGAAACACGAGGAAAGUCGCAAACAAAGCACUGAAAAGCCUGAAAAAGUUUCCGAAGUCAAGCGAAAGAGCAAAGACGAACCGUCGCCGAAGAAAACAGAAAAUUCUCAACAACAAUCUGUACUGAAACUCAACGAAAAUGUUCGUCCCAAUGUGAUUGUCGACUCAAAAACUGCUGCAACGAGCAACAAUGUCAAAGAAACCGAAGCCUCAUCGAAUUCCAAACAAAAAUCCCCCAACAAGGAAUCCGUUCCAAAAAACUCCGAUGCGAAAUUAGCUGAAAAUGUGAAGGAAAUUAGCCCGACAAAGACUAAUGACGUAGCUAAUAACAGCAUCAGUGUGAGCGAUAGUGAAUCGGAAACGGAAAUCGAUGGUCAAAAAAUUCGAAUUCUCAAGACGCCGCCGCAAGAGUUGAUCAAAGCCAUUGAAAAAGACACAAAAACGAACGAAACGAAGGAAAAGAAAGUUUCUGAAGCGCCAAAGUCUGAAGUUGUCUCUCCGAGCGUCAUCAAACAACAUUCAACUGUGAAGGAAGACGUUGGCAAACAAGAUCCCAAAAAUGUCGAGCCAAAAGUUAAGGAGCCAUCUCCACAAAAGCCCGUUGUCGUGAACGACGCGGCGAAUAAGGAGCAAAAUUUUCGGAGUGAUCCAAAACUAAAGGACGGGAUACAGAAAAACUACACAGAAAAUUCGUCAAAAUAUAAAGAUGCAGCGCCGCCGCCCAAGCCGACGACGGAAGAACGUGCGAAAGCGGUAAAAGAGAAGGAAACAAAAAUGAAGCCGACUGAACAAAAACCCACUGAACCAACUUCACGUCAAGAAAACAUCCCGAAAAAGCCGAAAGAAAAGUUACUGGCUGCCGUUGAGCAACAAAAGCAUCUUCAGGAAUCGUGUACUCGCACAUCAGAAGUCCGUAAAAGCAGUUCUGCGAACAUGUCGUCAUCAAACCCGACCAUGGAGAUCAAGACCGAAAACAAGCAUCAACGCGAACCGGCACCUUUGGCAUCUACUGUCGACACAAGUUCCAUCAAAAAGUUCGAAAAUCCGCUUGCCACGUCAAAAACGAGCAGUAAUAGCAGUAGCAAGGAACACACAAAGAGCUCUUCGAGUGCCAGCAAGAACGAAAGUAACGGAAAUACCAUGAACAGCUCGUCAACAUCUUCUUCGGUAUCGAAAUCCAGCUCAAGUUCGAUGCAAAAUGCCAAAACGGAGAAACAUCCGUCAAUGCAGAAGCAACAUUCGUCAGCAAUUAUGCACGAAAAGAACAAUCUCGACUUGAAACAGAUUUCGCAACCGGCAUUCGCGAUGAAUCAACUCCCAAACUACCACACAGCGGCGCAAUAUUGGCAACUUGAUCCAUACGCGUACGCGCAAUAUCCCCAAUUGCCGCAUUUGGAGCCCACACAAAAGUCCCCGAACAAGUUUACGAUAGAUUUGGCGACGAGUAUGGCGCACGGAUACCCGAUUCCGUACCAAAAUCCCCUCACAUUCCAGCAACAAGCGCAAUAUCAGGAACAAUAUCAGUAUCAGACGUCGAAACGGAGCAUGGAGAAGAAGAUGACGAUGAACAAUAAUGCCGAAAGUGUAAAAACACACAAAAAUAGCUCAAAAACUGUGGCUUACGAUCAACUGUCGUACCAUCAUGACUUGAUGUCGCAAACGAGUUGUGCGCGAAGCAAUAACACGCAAUACAGUGCAAAUCCAUCGAGUGGCAAAUCCAGUUCGAGUAGCUCGAAAAAGUCGUCAGAGAUGAAGGUUCAGGAGAAUGCGAGUUGUAUGAUGGCGAAACAACAGCAGCAACAACAACAAACGCAGCAACAGGUUCAGCAACAACAACAGCAACAAGUUCAGCAAAUGUCUCAGUGUAGCAUGUCGCAAAAUAUGAAUAUGCAAAAGAACGGCGUCGUAAAUCAAACUUCCAUGAAUCAACAACAGCAACAACAAGCGCAAAUGAAUCAAAUGACAAAUACAAAGCGUCAACAAAUGCAACAGCAGCAGCAACAACAAGAAGAAGCAGCUUACGCCCAAAUGACGCAAGAAGCAAAUAACGGAGCUGCUACGCCAAAUGCCCUUCAAAUGAACCAAACGGAGAUCAAACAACACACUCCGCCCUCCGCUGACAUUCCAUCAAUGGGAGUUUACACGCCCGAUUCGACCACAAAUUCCGUCGUUAGUCUCCAUCACUACAGUCAAUGCGACUUGGAUGUCAGUCAACUUGAACUCGAAUCGCCCGCAAGUAUUUCCAGCGACAUGGCAUCACAAAAUUCCGUCGAAAAUGUUCGAUCGCCGAGCGUUGUGCCGCAUCAACAGCAGCAAACUGUCCAGCAACAACAACAGCAAUAUUCGGAUUGUUCGAUGCAACAACCUGCCGGCUUGCACAUGAAUAUUCAGGGUAAUGCGACGGCAUCUCCGCAACAUGCCAUGAUGAGUAUGACGCAUCAACAGGCGGUUGCCAAUCGAAAAAUGCACAAUCAAUCUGUUCCGAAUAUGUCGACGGCUCGUACCACGACGCAACAAGCGAUGGCAAACAAUAAUAAUCGCGCUUCAACGCCAAAAGUACAACGGAAUACGGCAACGCCUGGCGCUCAGCAAAAUCAAGUGCAACGACAUCAUCAACGCACGCCUCCCGUUGCGAAUGUAGGACAACCGAUGGCAAGUCCCGUGCCAAAUCAGCAAUUCCAGAACCAAAUGCAGAUGCAAAUGCAACAAUAUGGUCCGUAUUCGCAAAAUACGAGCUAUAUCGCCCAACAACAAGGCUACUCGUCGCAAUCGCCAACCCCAAAUUCGUACAAUAGUCAGAUGAAUUCCGUAAUUCAGCAUCGCAUGACGGCAAAUCAAUCGGUGCCCAAUUCACUUUCGUCGCCGCAUCAAAGAAUGGGUCCCUCGUCAAGUCCGUGUGCCAUUUCCGCCGGAAAUAAUUUCUACAUUCAAAACAACAAUGCGACACAUCAUCAAUCGCACACUCCGACGCCGCAAAUGGAUGCGUCGCGACAAACUCCCGGCUUGCAAAACAACCAAACGCCCUGCAGUUUAUCGAAAUUGCAACAACUCGCCACGGGAAUGGAAGGAAAUCCGGGUAGCGCGUGUUCACAAACCGCCAUGGCACUUACGCCUUCGCCAAAUCACCAAUCAAGUCACAAUAUGGUUCCGUCGCCGUCACCAUCGCAACUCACGAACCAAAAUACGUUGCGACAAGUUGCGACGCCGCCCGCCAGUGCCAUCCAAUCGCAAAUGUACGUGCACAAAUACUACGCAGGCACAAUGAAUCCCGCCGCACUUUCGCCCUUGGGUCAACAAUCGACGGGCAUUGCGCGAAAUCACGUGCGAAAUACGCCUUCGGCUCCCGUGCAAUCGCAUCACAUGACAGCAAGCAGUAGUCGUGUUAGCCCGAACGUCACUGUGAGUCCCAACAUCAUGUAUGGCUAUCAAGUGGGCAGUGCAGCACAACAAAAUGCCCGAUUCACGGGUUUUGCGGCGAAUAAUAUGACGAUGCCCGUGCAAAUGGGCGUCAUGAAUGCCAUGGAUACGCAAUAUCCCGACAUCCAGCGAGCACAGCAGAAUCCCAUGUACAGCGGAUACCCGUAUUUGUCGCUAAACGGACCCAUGAGACGGUAAAAUAGAGCGUCAUGCAUUCAAAAAGCCAACUAACGUGUAAUUUUUCUGUUUUUGAAUGCCCCCGAAAAAUGCCUUUUAUAAGAUUAAUUUACUUGUGACUCGUACUUAGAAUUUGAGAGAAAUAAAGAAGAUCACAAAUUUACUGUAAAUUAAAAGAAGAUGAAUAACAAUAAUAAUGUUAGUACAAUAUUAACGAUAAGAUGAUAAGAAACUGCUUAAAUUUGAAUUCAAUUUCAAAACAAAAAAAAAACACAAAACGAUUAUUAAUGAGAAAUAAAAAAAAUGUUUCCUACUUUUAGAUUUUUUUAAUUUUAAUUUAUUUUCCUUCUUUUUUAGUAUUUUUUACUUUCAAAUGUUGUCUGUUAAUAUUUAUAUUUGUAAAUUUUUUAUUUAAAAUUGCUCUUAAUUGAUACCAAAAUUGUAAACUUUUCGUUAAUUUAUCAAUUUUCUCCUAUGGGUCUUGUCCAUUGAGACGAGAGGUUACUUCUGUAUUAUUAUUAUUAGAUAAGAAAUUCAAAAUGAAACAAAAAAAAAACAAUAAAGAAAUGCAGUCGAAUAUUUUAAAAAGUUAA